AUGUACACAGGUAUCUAUGUCUUCCAUCCAACCAUCCCAGGCUACCCCAAGGCACGCUUCCCGGGUGUAGUGGUGUUCAGCGAAAUUUACCAGGUGACCGGCCCUGUCGCCCGCUUCGCCCGCCAAAUCGCCGGACAAGGCUACAUCUGCGCAGCCCCCUCAAGCUACCACGAAUUCACCGGCCCCGAGCCCCUCCAGUACAACGCCGAAGACACCGACUCCGGCAACAAAUGGAAGAUCACCAAGAAACUCGCCGCCUACGACGAGGAUGCGUCCUUAUCGGUUGAUUACUUGUUAUCGUUGCCGACGUGUAAUGGCCGCGUGGGCGCGACGGGGAUGUGCCUGGGAGGUCAUUUGGCGUAUCGGUGUGCGUUGGAUAAGAGAGUCAAGGCGUCGGUUUGUUACUUUGCGACGGAUAUUCAUAGUCAUACGUUGGCGGAGGGGAAGAAGGACGAUAGCUUGGAGAGGGCGGGGGAUAUUGAGGGGGAGUUGCUUAUGAUCUUCGGCAAAAACGAUACGCAUGUUCCUCCCGAAGGACGAGAUCUCAUUCGGAAGACCUUGCAUGAGAAAGGAGUGUUAUUUGGGUUCUAUGAGGUGGCAUGGGCGCAGCAUGCCUUCAUCCGGGACGAACUCAGCAAAGGACGCUACGAUCCGGCGAUCUCCAAGGUGUGUUUUGAGAUGUUGCUGGAGUUAUUUGGACGGACAUUGAAGAUUGAGCUGGGCGAGCACGAUGGGAAGAAGUUGGAGGUUGAGGAUGUUUGCUAG